AUGAAACUACCCAUCAUUGCCCUCGCUCUUCUUCUCUCCUCGGUGGUGGCCGAAGUCACCGAGGACCAGGCGGUCCUGGACACCCUCACGGCCCCCAGCAUUUCCACCAGCAACCCCGCAGCAAACGCUCUUCUGGAUCUUCUCCAAGAGCAGGCCGGUGUUCUGAGCACCAAAAACAAUGGUGCUGGCAACAUCUCCAUCGAUCGCACCAUGAUCAUCGGCUACGCCAGCAACGACCCUAACUCCCAGAGCCGAUUGCCUGGUUUCCUCAGACGACAGCAAAUGUACGGCCAGCACCAGUGGGAAUCCACCUGUGGACCUGAAGACUGGAGAGAUAUCAUUUCUCUCGACAACCCCCAGUCGGUCAAGGAAGCCUACGACUGGUACUUUUAUGAAAUUGGAAAACACGAGCCUCAGUACACUGAUCUCAUGUACGAACAGACCGUCUAUGACGUGUACAUGAUGUGGGCUGCCCAGAAUGGUGCCGACGAGGCUGAGCAAACAGGCUCAGAGCUGAUUCUCAAUUGGCCUCCUACAGGCACUUGUGGAGAGGGCUCCUCUGCUGAAUCUGAUUCUUCCUCCGUUGAACCCUCUGGCGCUUCUGAUAUGCCUGUCACUACCGAUUACACCAACACUCAUAUUCCUCUCGAGACUGAGGUCCCUUCUAUUGAGCCUUCGGUUGAGCCUUCUGCCGAGCCUACUUCUGAGCCUGUCUACGGAAGUCCUUCAGUUCAGCCUUCCGUGGAGCCUUCUGCAGAGCCUACUUCUGAGCCUGUCUACGGAAGUCCUUCAGUUCAGCCUUCCGUGGAGCCUUCUGCAGAGCCUACUUCUGAGCCUGUCUACGGAAGUCCUUCAGUUCAGCCUUCCGUGGAGCCUUCUGCAGAGCCUACUUCUGAGUCUGUCUACGGAAGUCCUUCAGUUCAGCCUUCUGUUGAACCUACUGACGCCCCUGUUUCCAAUGAGACCCCUGCUUCCACUGAUGCUGCUUCUGUCGAGCCUACUUACAUUCCAUCCGUUGAGCCCACCCCUACCCCCACUGAUACCGAGAUCGAUAUCCCUCCCGCUACUGACAGCUCAGCUGCCCCCUCAGACCACCCCUCCACAGCCGAGCCUGAUUUCACUGCCGCUCCUACCGCUACUUCCGCUCCUGUUGAGCUCGGAACCACUCUUUCUGAUGUCCAGACCACCCUAGACUCACUGCUGACCAACAUGCCCGACUCUGCUGAACUCAAGCAGCUUGUCAGUGAUGCCUCUGCUACCCUGGCUAGCAUUGAGAGCCAACUUUCUGGCACCCUGGCUAAGCGAGACGAAAAGGCCGAUCUGGCGGUUAACGUAGCUACCCUUCUGGAACAGCUCAAGGCAAUUGCUGCUCUUGUUGAGACCGUGGAGGACAAGUCCGCCGAGCUGCAGGCUGAUCUGGACAAUCUCAAUGCUCAGAUUGCUGAGCUGGAAGCUUGGCUGGAUGAGAAUGCCCCCGAGGUCACCUCUACUGAGACUGAGGCUCCUGUUGAGACUGCUUCGGAGACGGCUUCUGAGACUGACGCUCCUGCUUCUGAGACUGACGCUCCUGCUGAGACUGUUUCUGAGACUGACGCUCCUGCUGAGACUGUUUCUGAGACUGGCACUCCCGUUGAGACUGCUUCUGAGACUGACUCUCCUUCCGUCACUGAAGCUCCUUCCGUCACUGAAGCUCCUUCCGUCACUGAAGCUCCUUCCGUUACCGACGCUCCUGUCACUGACUGUGAGACCGACCUCGUGUCUUCCAUCCCUGCUAACAUCUCUGCCCCCCUUGUGACUGAGAUUGAGACCCUGUCCACCACUCUGACCACCACCCAAACUGUCACAUACUGCGAGGAGGAGAACGUUUGCACCAAUACUGUUGUCACUCUGACAACCUGUGUGCCCAUUACCCACACCGUCACCGUUUGUGACACUGUCAUUGAUGGCAAGACCGUCACCGUGACUGUUCCAUGCGAAAUCGAGACCGAGUACGUCACUGCCGAAACCACCGUUGUUGGCACCACCGAGAUUGUUUCUCAGCCCGUUGAGACCAUCCCCGUCUCUCAGCCCGUUGAGACUGCUCCUCCCGUUGUCGUCGAGUCCACUCCCUUCAACAACAUCUCUUGGACCAUCCAGUCCACUACCGCCCCCGCCACAGCCCCAGUCCCUGUUGAGACCUCCCCCGUCACCGUCGAGACUCUUCUGACCACCCAGACCAUUGUUGAGGAAGAUUAUACCACCACCAUCACCGGAACCGUCGUUGUGACCCGAAUCAUCGUCACUCCUACAUCUACUCCUGCUGUCGCUACGCCGCUUGAGCCCGUUCCUACUCCUGUUGACUCCACUCCCGUUGUGCCUGUUCCUACAGCCGCCAACAUCACUGAGAUUCUCCCUGUUCCUUCGAACCCGGUCCAGGGUAACUUCACGACAUUUGUGCCUAUUCCUACCCAGGCCAAUAUCACUCAGUUUGUGCCCGUGCCUUCCGACGUCACCCAGGCUAACUCUGGUAAGAAGCUCACCGUCGGAGCUCUCAUUCUCCUUCCUCUACUCAUGUUGUAA